AUGUCUCUUCCAAGACGGGUAUUGAGACAGUUCAGGGAGGUACAGGUUACACCGGUGGUUACUGCUUAUUUUGCUCGUGUAUCUCAGGAGGUAUCUGAUUGGGGGAUUCAACAUCCUAGACAGCGCCUGAGGAUAGACAUGGAGGAGAGAGUCAAAGGAGGAGAGGGGGGUGGAUUAGCUGAGAGGGGAGAUGAGGGAGAUGGAGGAGUUGAGGGAGGAGAGGAGGAAGGAGGAGAUGACGGAGAAGAUGAGGACAUAGACAUUGGUGGAGACACUAAGUCUACUAGUAGCAGAGAUGAUGAUGAUUCUUUAGGGUCAUCGAGCAGUGAGGAUGGUGAAGAUGACGAUGAUACUGAUAUGCCAGAGCUGGAGGAUGUUCUUGUUGCUGAGGGUGGAGGAGGAUAG